AUGCAGAAAUAUGAAAAACUCGAAAAAAUCGGCGAGGGCACGUAUGGGACUGUAUUCAAGGCUAAAAACAGAGAAACCCACGAAAUAGUGGCCCUGAAAAGAGUCCGUUUGGACGACGACGACGAGGGCGUGCCAAGCUCUGCCCUCCGAGAAAUCUGCCUGCUGAAGGAGCUCAAACAUAAAAAUAUUGUCAGGCUACACGACGUGCUGCACAGUGACAAGAAGCUGACAUUGGUCUUUGAAUAUUGCGAUCAGGAUUUGAAGAAGUACUUUGACAGCUGCAAUGGAGAUUUAGAUCCCGAAACUGUGAAGUCGUUCAUGUUCCAGCUAUUGAAAGGACUUGCUUUCUGUCACAGCCGCAAUGUUCUUCACAGAGAUUUGAAGCCGCAAAAUCUUCUCAUCAACAGAAAUGGCGAGUUGAAGCUGGCUGACUUUGGGCUUGCUCGAGCGUUCGGCAUUCCUGUGAGGUGUUACUCAGCUGAGGUGGUGACGUUGUGGUACCGACCCCCAGAUGUGCUAUUUGGUGCUAAACUUUAUUCUACCUCCAUCGACAUGUGGUCAGCUGGCUGCAUAUUUGCAGAGCUUGCUAACGCUGGAAGGCCUUUAUUUCCUGGGAACGACGUCGACGACCAGUUGAAAAGAAUCUUCAGAUUGUUGGGCACGCCGACGGAAGAACAGUGGCAGACAAUGACCAAGCUUCCAGAUUACAAGCCAUAUCCGUUGUAUCCGGCGACUACCUCGCUUGUCAACGUGGUGCCCAAACUCAGCAGCACAGGUCGAGACCUACUCCAGAAUCUUUUGAAAUGUAACCCGGUGCAGAGGAUCUCCGCAGAAGAAGCUUUGCAGCAUCCUUACUUCGCCGACUUCUGUCUGCCAUAA